AGAACUUGUGACCACGCACUACAUGUAGCAGUAGAAUGAAUUUCGGAUGUUCAUCAUAAGUAGCACGAAAUUGAUUCAUAUGGUCGACAUAUGAUCAUUUCUGAAUAGUUAAAGUACGAGUUUGCGUAUUAGUAUCGUUCGUAUCAUCUACUUAGAGACAACUAUUCCACGUCGACCGUUGUCGUAAGCGUGCAGCACACUUCAUUACACUGCCUGGCCCUGUCCGCAUUCUGAGUCGUGUAAUCCGAUUCGACGAAAAGCAUUUCGACGGCGACAAGAAUCCAAGAACGAAGAUGGAAAUGCAAGGAGGAAUCGGUGAGAGCGUUGCCUUCUGGGCUUUUCUAUUCAGCUUCCAGUUAAGUGCAAAUAUAUUCUUUGCGGGGCCAUCCUUGGUGGACAUGGACUUUUAUUUCUACGGACAUCAGCGUUAGAGGGAACAACAUGUAGAUGUAUGGUCGUUUUUUUCUAGCAGUCAAAGAAAGAGCCAAGGAUACUAGUGCAAAGAAUGCAACGACGGUAGCUCUAAGCAUGAUUGUAAUGGUACUUUCGCUCAUGUGGUUCUUCGCAAGUCGAAGCUGCGACGACGAGGAGAAAAGGUACGAUUUUUUCUUGAGAAUAGUCAAUAUCGGAUAUCCAUCCGUAGUACAACAGCGGCGUUUUCGCUGUAUCUAUACGAAAUUGGAUUGUUGAAGUCUACCUCUCAAUUCCUUCCUCCUAAUUAGAUUAAAUCUUUAUCCUCUCUGUACCAGGUUUGUGAAAAGCAUCUUCAACCGGAAGGAGCUUGCGAGUCGACGCCGCGAUGAACUCUACACGGACGCAGUGCUCAAUACGUACCAUUUGGAUAUUCGCGAAAGUCUCGCGAAAAUCUAACAUCUGAAGAUUGAUCCUCUUCAGUAGUGAUACAUGAAAUACGGGGUGGUAAACGUUGUUGCAUUGUAAAGGCAUUCAAUAGUACGUAUUUGACAUUCGGUUUAUACUCCAUAGUAUCAAUUCUCCAUAGUAUCAUAUUCAGAGUGGCAUUCAGCGCACAACAUCAACCAGCUCGCACGACAUAGAAAGAUCACUUAACAUUCGCACUUGUGCUCCCCCGUUAAUUAUCUACCCUCUCACAUCGACUUCGACAAGACAUCAUAGCAUACCGUUUGCAUAGGUCGCCCUCGUCGCGUCAGCCUAAAAGCUCCAUAGGAAUUUACAUACUGAACACCCGGCUGCAUUCAUAGUUCUCUAAUACAUUGUUCCACCAGAUGAAAGCUAAACUGUAUACAUGAUAGGAGGAUGAAUUUUUGCCCAAACAGACUCUUACAGCUACGCACAUGCAACAGUCGAACGCGGUGCAUCAGCUGAUGUCGAACUGUGACUGCUAAGCAAAUUUCGUGAGC